AUGACAGGCAAGGCUGUGGCUGCUCUCCUGACUCUUCUCCUCCUCUUCGCAGCUGGGACAAGAGGCAAGGCCCUGCCACGCUCAGCCAUUGAGCUCCGGUGCCAGUGCAUAGGCACCCAUUCCAAGUUCAUCCAUCCCAAGUUCAUAGAGAAUGUGAACCUCACUCCCAGCGGACCUCACUGCAAAAAUGUUGAAGUCAUAGCUACUCUGAGAGACGGCAGAGAAGUGUGCCUGGAGCCUACGGCUCCCUGGGUGAAGCUGAUCAUCAAGGCAAUUCUGGACAAGUGA